AGCAUGAGUGAGUUCCGCAUCCACCAUGAUGUCAACGAGCUGCUGAGCCUGCUGAGGGUGCAUGGAGGGGAAGGGGCUGAGGUCUACAUUGACCUCCUGCAGAAGAACCGCACACCAUACGUCACCACCAAUGUUUCUGCACACAGCGCCAAGGUGAAAAUAGCAGAGUUCUCUCGAACCCCUGAAGACUUUCUAAAGAAGUAUGAUGAGCUUAAGUCUAAAAACACAAGACACUUAGAUUCUUUAGUUUAUCUGCUAUCAAAACUCACUGAGGACAAAGAGACACUCCACUAUUUACAGCAAAAUGCCAAGGAAAGGGCAGAACUGGCAGCCAAUGCAGCCUCCAGCAGCACCACAAACUUUUCCAUCCCCUCAGCCACUUCCAAGAUCUCUCUGCAGGAGCUCGAGGAGCUACGGAAACAGCUGGGCAGUGUCACAGCCAACUCCAGUGCUCAGCAGCCUCUUGAGCUGACAAGAAAACUGCUCCGAGAUAAGCAGAACAAGAAGAACUCUGGUCAGCCCAUCCCAGUAUUCCCAGCCUGGGUGUAUGAGCGACCUGCACUGAUUGGGGAUUUCUUAAUUGGCACCAGUUUGAGCACUGACACAACAGUACCAAUAGGUAGUUUGCCCUUAGCCUCCCAGGAAUCCAUGAUUGUGGAGGACUUGCUGUAUGUGCUGAUUGGUGUGGAUGGAAGGUACAUCACAGCUCAGCCCCUUGUGGGCAGGCAGCACCGAGCAUUCACUGUCGAUCCCAACUUGGACCUGUCCAUCAAAGAGCUGGUGACCAGGAUCCUCCCUGUGGCAGCAAGUUACUCUGCUGUCACCAGGUUCAUAGAAGAGAAAUCUUCCUUUGAGUAUGGGCAGGUCAAUCAUGCUCUGGCUGCUGCUAUGAGGACUCUAAUCAAGGAGUACAUGAUACUCAUUACCCAGCUGGAACACCUGCAAAGACAGGGCCUUCUCUCGCUGCAAAAACUGUGGUUUUACAUCCAGCCCACGAUGAGGACCCUGGAGAUUUUGGCUUCACUUGCUACUUCUGUGGAUAAGGGUGAGUGCAUGGGAGGAUCCACCCUGAGCUUACUCCAUGACAAGACUUUCAACUACACAGGGGACAGCCAGGCCCAGGAGCUGUGCCUGUACUUAACCAAGGCAGCCAGUGUGCCUUACUUUGAAAUCCUGGAGAAGUGGAUCUAUAGAGGCAUCAUUAAUGAUCCAUACAG